AACAUUUACGUGGACUAUCCCGGUAGUAAAUUCAUUUCUGAAGCUUGUGUCUGUUUGUACAUUGCUGAAAAAUCCUCUGCAUGUAUUAAUACAGAAGCCAUAUGAAGAAUUAGCUCAAAUUAUUUUGAACAAGCUAUUAUAUUCGUACAUGCAUUGCAGAAGAUAGAGCAGCUCGCUUGUGAACAGGACGGAAUUGUAUUGAUGUGGAAUUGGACCAGGUGUUAGAAUACAAAAGGAUUCCAGUCCAGCACAAGGUUUCGGGAUGAGCUUCUUCAGUUUCGGACAAAGUGCUGAAAUUGACAUAGUUUUAAAUGAUGCCGAGACGAGAAAAAAGGCCGAGCACAAAACAGAAGACGGGAAAAAGGACAAAUACUUUCUGUUUUACGACGGGGAGACAGUCUCUGGGAAAGUCAACGUAACCCUGAAGAACCCAGGCAAGAGGCUCGAGCACCAAGGGAUCAAAAUAGAGUUUAUUGGGCAAAUCGAAUUGUACUACGACAGAGGAAACCAUCAUGAGUUUGUCUCUCUGGUUAAGGAUUUAGCUCGGCCUGGAGAAAUGGCUCAAUCUCAGACCUUUGAUUUUGAGUUCACACAUGUGGAGAAACCGUACGAGUCCUACACAGGCCAGAAUGUCAAACUACGCUAUUUCCUGCGGGCGACCAUCAGCAGGAGACUGAAUGACAUCUGCAAAGAGAUGGACAUUGUAGUGCACACACUCAGCACAUAUCCAGAACUCAACUCCUCCAUUAAGAUGGAGGUGGGAAUUGAGGACUGUCUACACAUUGAGUUUGAGUACAACAAGUCCAAGUAUCACCUGAAAGAUGUGAUUGUGGGGAAGAUCUAUUUCCUGUUGGUGCGAAUUAAGAUCAAACACAUGGAGAUUGAUAUUAUUAAACGCGAGGCAACAGGCACAGGGCCAAAUGUGUACCAUGAAAAUGACACCAUUGCAAAAUACGAGAUUAUGGAUGGAGCACCUGUGCGAGGUGAAUCCAUCCCUAUCCGUCUUUUUCUGGCUGGGUACGAGAUGACGCCCACCAUGAGGGAUAUUAAUAAGAAAUUCUCUGUUCGUUAUUACCUGAAUCUCGUACUCAUUGAUGAAGAAGAGAGACGUUACUUCAAACAACAGGAGAUUACGCUAUGGAGGAAGGGAGACAUUGUGAGAAAGAGCAUGUCCCAUCAAGCUGCCAUCGCCUCCCAGCGCUUCGAGGGCUCGGCGAGUGCAGAGAAAGCACUCUCUCAAGCUAAAGAGGACGACGACAACGACAACUAAACCCAACCAUGUCUUCUCAUCAUCUCAUGUGUGUAUGUGUCAGAGAGAGAGUGUGUGUAUGGAUUUAAAGAAGCCGUGCGCUCCCAAAAUAGAUGGCAACGUAAACAUGAUAUUUCACAUUCCUAAACACACCAGUUUAUGAUCAACAAUUUCUUAAGUAGCUUUUAAAAAGGGAUUAAUAUAUGAAAAGCAAAAACACUGAUUCCAAAAACCACAAUUUGAUAUUUACGAAUUCUUCUUGGCGGGUCCUCUGUGAUGUUUACUUUUUGUCCGCCACCCUGGAAUUAAUUGACUAUAUUUAUUUGAAACAUUUCUGCAGUUCAUCUAGACAAAACAAGCACAUUCCACUCUCUGUUUUCCAUUUACAGCGUUUUUUUUCAACUUCUGUAUUGAAUGUGUUGUUAUUGUAGAUUUGUUUUCUUUCAUAACAUAUACACUUCAUACAGUGUUCACUUUCUGUUUUUUAAUGAAAUGGUGUUUAACUAAUUCAUAUUUUUUGUUAUUUUAUUUUUAUGUACAGUAUGCUUACCAAUACAUGCCUUUUUACUUUUGUUGCCAUUCUGUAAGAUAAAUAAUAAGCACUUCAGGGUUUUUGCCAAUGUGAUUUCAGUGUCUCCAGAGGGACCCUUAACUUCAUAUCAACCCAAAAUUACACAAACAUUUUUGCUUAGAUUCAACAAACCAAAUUAAUUUCCCUACAGGUAUGUAGCUAAACUAAAAUGCACCUGAAUUUUAUUUUUAUUUUGUCUGUCAGAUUGUAUUGAUAUAAUGAUACUUUAACAAGCUUUUCAAGUGUAUAAAAAUCAAAUUUUAAUUCAGUAUUAUUGCUUUUGAGUUUUUGGUAUGGGAAACCAAAAUGUUUGACGUUGUUGAGUAACACUUUACUAUAAAGGUUCAAAAUGCUAACAUUAGUUAAAGGUUUCAAGAACUAAAAAUUAAUCUUAGUUAAUGUUUAUUUAAUAAACUAAUUAUGAUUCAACUGCUUAUUUGUUAGUUCGUGUUGGCUAAUACAACAUUUACUAAUGUUAACGUGCGUUUAAUGUAAAAAUGUACUAUUUUUAUGUAAAAUUUAACUUUAAUCAAGAUUAAUAAAUGUUAAAGGAUUUUUUAUAGUUAGUUCAGGGUAACUACAGAAUGACCUUAUUUUAAAGUGUUACUAAGUCAUUGGCUGUUCUAAUGUUUCUUUAAUUCUUGUCAGUUCUAGAAUUCAGGUGGCAUUAAUGUCUUAGUUCUCACUUUUACCAACACUGGAGAUCAGCUUCAUAUUGCAUGUCACAGUUCUAACCAGUUACUAACCAAUAUGUACUUAAAACCUUAGAAAUCUUUGACCAUAACAGUACAGCUUAGCAAGUGCUGAUAAAGUGUGUGAUCAGGAUGCAAAGCAGACGUAUUAACACUUAGAGCAGUAUAAGGGAUGCAUAUACUGGACGUGAUUGCACACCCAUUUUUGGCUCAUUAUGGAUGCCUUGUUAGUGGCUCUCAUUAUCGUGAUUAUUUCUUGUCGUGUUAGGACCAUGGAGGGGUUUUAUCUGUCUGAAAACCUGGAUGAAUUAUCUCACGAUGAGCUGCCUUUUGUGAGACUGCAAUUUCACAAUAUCUGUCUUUUGUUAGCACUUCCAUUCACGUCUUGUGUCCGGCGACGAACAUUAACUAAAGAUCGUGACAUGCUGAUCACACACUAGGUUCCGCAUAUUGUUUGAUAAAAUUGCCUCUUUUUUUUUUUACAUGGCGCGUAAAGGAACCCUUGCUUUUGGUGUCAAACUAGUAAAAGAUGGCGAGGCCUGUCACAGAGGGCUAUGUGUAAGUGAUCUCUCUGCUGUCUGUUUCACAAAUCUAAAGCAUCUCUUUGCAGAAUACUCAUGGCUCUAUGUGCCACACUGUGUUUACUGACUUCACCUAUAUGAUUUUACAAAUUAGCACUGUGUAUCAUUUUAAAACAAAGAAGGAACAAGAAAUAGUUGAUUCCUAACUUUCUUUACAUUCUUUAUCAUUGUGCAAAAAAGUGCUGCUUAAAAAGGCAUUAUAUAACCAUAUUUCUAUAUUAAUAUUAUGUAUGUACAGUAUAUAUUUACAGAAUUGUAAGUAUAUGAAUUGUAAGGUACUAGCAUAGUUUACAAAAUGGAUUCUAGAAGAUUCUAGAACUGUGCUAAUGUAAAAUACGAGUGCAGAACACACAGUCUAACUGCUCUUUCAGUACUUGUGCUGUAUAUGACAUUUGUUUCUACUCUGAUUCCUCAUAUUAAAAAAAAGAAGAAGAAAAAAAAA